AUGCUGCCCGCCGAGCCGCCGCCGCGACGCACCCGCGCGCCCGAGCACCCCGACGCGUCCACGCCCUCGCCGAGCAGCAGCAGAGCCGCGGCCACGGCCUCGCCCUCGGUGCCCUGCGACGCCGAGCACCGCCGCGCCGAGCUCCGUCCGGCGUCCAUGGCCCCGACCUCGCCAGGAGCCGCUGACCCCCUCUUCGUCGAGCACCUGACCGCCGUGGCCGCGACACGCCUCGUCCUCGACCCCGCCGCGCCGAGCUUCGACUGCGACCUUGCCCAGGAGCCCGCGGCGUCCCCAUCCUCGCCCGCGAGCUCUCCCUCGAGCCCCGUCUUCGGCCAGCACCGCGAGCACGGCGCCCCUCCGCGUCCGCGUCCUCGACCUCGCCACGACCUCGACGCCGAGCAGGAGCUCCGCACCCCCGCCGGAGCACGACGCCACGACCACGACCGUGCCGCGCCAAGCACUGCGACCCCGACCCCGACGCAGUUCUGCGCCACCCCGCGACGUCGCCCACGCCCUCACCACCAGCCCCGACCUCGCCCCCAAGCCCAGGGCCGCGCGCGACGCCGGCUCCGGUCACGGCCGACCUGA